UAAAAAAUGGCUUCUCCAAUCCCUUACUCUGUCGCCGACGACAAGGACCUCGACGACGCAGCUUUGUGGGCCGUAAUCGACACCGCCGCAGCCUCUCACUCAUCCUCCAAAUCUCGCAAGCCUCUCGCAAUCAAAUAUCCCAAUUUCUAGCCAGUAUCACCAAUCUCUAACCCCGCGCCGCCGACAAAGUUUACUAGAAACCCUAGGACCCCUAACUUUGCAGAUUCCGACCCUAGGAUUUCUGCCGAAGGCGAGGUGGUGCAGGAACCAUGGAUUUAUCGCCCACCUCGCAAGGUGGCGAGGACUUGCGCUUCGGUAGUGAGCGAGAGUAGUCCCCUCCUCGUGGUCAGGAACGUGCAGCGCACGCCCACUACGCCGGCGUAUUCGUCUCCCGAAGCGCAUUUGUCUCCGGAUAUCGAAAGGUUCGGCGUGAAGGAGAUUAGUGCUCGUUCGGAGGGCUCGCCGGGGAGGUGUGGGUGGAGCGAGGACCUAAAUAUGAGGCAUAGCUUGUCUGGGAGGUUCCCUUCGGUUUCGCUGUUUAAGGAGUAUCAGAAUGCAGCUAUGGCGAUUUUGGAGAAAACUGAUUACACAAUGAUUUCUGGGAAUCCUUUCAUAAAAAAAUCAGGCUGGAGGAAGAUAUCAUUCUACUUCAAUCUCUCUUUUGAAAUCAAAGAUAAGACAAUUGAAUUUGAUGAGAACCGUAAUGUUCAGCGUGCUGAAUUUGUGGUUCGGGCAUACAUGCAAGGUGGUAGGUUCUCAGAUGGAUGGGGCUCAUGUGAGCGGCGUGAGAAGAGAUUCUUAAAACCAAAUCAUGAUAUACCAAGUACAGCAGAGACCAGAGCCAAAAAUAAAGCAUGCCAGGACCUGCUUGGAAUCGGAGAAUAUCGACCCGGUGCAUGCCAAGUCCAACGAUGACAGGAUCAAUCUUGUGUC